UGAAAAGUGGAUUUUCAUGAUCAGCUCCAUAAAAAGUGAUACGCAGCUGAAACAUUGGGCUCAUGAAGGUCCGGUUGAAAGUUGAUUCGGCCCAAUAAUCUCCAUAGCUUUCCCAAGCUUUCUUCCUCGUAGUUGCGCGUGCGACUGCGUUGAAGUCGUACCCGUAGAUGUAAAUGUAAUGACGAGCAUUUUGAGUAGAGCGUCCCGACUACUCACAACAACAACUCUCAGACUCACAGAGCAAUACCCAAACCAACACCUCAGAAGUCAUCGUUUUCGCAAACUUUCCAUGGAUACUGCUGGUGCCGGACCUGGAGCUAGCGAUGGAGUAGCUCGCUUCCCUUUGUCUGCGUCCAGCUCUCUCGUUAUUCAGAGAGGAGACCUCACUAAGUGGUUCGUCGACGGAACGACCGACGCCAUAGUUAAUCCUGCGAAUGAGCGAAUGCUAGGAGGUGGUGGUGCAGAUGGAGCCAUACAUAGGGCUGCUGGCCCAGAUCUUCUGAAAGCAUGUUAUAGUGUCCCAGAAGUAAGACCUGGUGUUCGCUGCCCCACUGGAGAAGCAAGGAUUACCGCAGGUUUUAAGCUGCCUGCAUCACAUGUGAUUUUCACUGUUGGACCCAUCUAUGGUGGCAACCCUACUGCUCCAGACUCUCUGAGAAAUGCAUACAAAAAUAGCUUGAGGGUUGCCAAGGAGAGCAACAUUCAGUAUAUUGCCUUUCCUGCUAUAUCUUGUGGAGUCUAUGGAUAUCCUUAUGAAGAAGCUGCCACAGUAGCCAUAUCUACAAUUAAAGAGUUUGCAAAUGAUAUUAAAGAGGUGCACUUCGUCAUGUUCAUGGAAGAAAUUUACUUUGUUUGGUUAAACAAAGCAAAUGAAUUGCUUCGCUAAGCCAUGCAGGUCUUAUGAAACCUUUUUAUUCUCUUCUUGUUUUACUAGCAGCAUCUAUUAAAUGCAGAAACUUUAAUGUACCAAACUAUAAGCAAAAUAAUCUUUGUGCAGACCUACCAAUACAGCUGGAGUUUCUGCUUGGUUUUCCCUUUCUAUUUCUAAUAGUAUAUAUAAUUGUGAUCUUA